AUGGAGUCAAAAGGUGAGCAUGUGCGACAUCCCUUGAUGCUGCAGCCAUUUGGGGUCGAUUGCAGUCUUUCUGACUUCACAGUUUGCAAAAUGGGACAUUACGAAGCCGGUGGUCCAACUUUCCCCCGAGCUUUGCCCAUGAAGAUCCGAAUCCAGGGAGUUUCCGGCCGGCUCCCGGCAGGCAUUGAUGCUGGCAACUUCCAAGCGGCUCUCUUCUGGUCCAACGUCGACGCCAUCACAGAGAUCCCAUCCGACCGCGACAUGGACGCUGGCUGCAUCCUCAUCCAGGAUGCGUGGACCAUGGCCGUCUACGAAGCUGGCAACGCUGCCGGCUUUUUUGCGCAUGGGCAUCGGUUGCAGAACGUUGCCGUGAUGGCAGGGUCCAUGAAUCUGGACAGCAACCUUGAGUGGGAUGGCGAAAGUUGCGGCGGCUUCACCGCCGCCGGGAACGCCUCCUCCAUGAUUUGCGGUGUCAUCUCCCAUGUUCUGGACUUCCGCGGGGCCUCCCUCUGUGUCGACACAGCCUGCGCUUCGGGGCUCUCGGCACUGGCCUUGGCGGUGGCCGAGGUGGGCCAGGGACGUGCCGAAGGGGCCAUUGCAGUCGGAGUGAACGCCAUCCUGAAUUGGAAGACGACGUAUGCUUUGGCCAAGGCGGGGAUGAUCUCCGACCGCUGCCGCAGCUUCGACAGGCGCGCCAAAGGUUAUGGCAGGGCCGAGGGGGUGGCGGCGGUGGCCAUCCAGAGCUAUGCUACCGUGUCAGGCUGCACCCAUGCUGAGCUCCUCGGCAUCCACCAGAACAACGACGGCCGCUCGGUGACUCCCAUCACACGACCCUCUGCUGAGCAGCAGAAACGGUGCAUGAGCGCCAUCUCGACUGGCGAAGCCUUGGCAGCAGUGGAGUGCCACGGGACGGGGACGAAGGCCGGCGAUCCGGUCGAGAUUUCUUCUGUCCAAGCGGUCUUCGGGCAGUCGGCAUCAUCGGGUGCCCUCUGCAUCGGAGCUCUGAAGGCGAACAUCAAUCACACAGAGUCGACAGCUGGCCUGGCAUCGCUUCUGAAGUGCUGCCACGUGCUUGCGUGUCAGGGCAUGUUCGCACACGGUGGGGGCCACUGGGCACCCGAAACGAGCAUUGAUGUGGGGGCACUAUCCCUGAGUGACGAAUUUCAGCACAUCGAGGCCCGGCCGGUGGGAGUGAACUCCUUCGGAUUCAGUGGGACCAACGUGCAUGCCCAGCUCCAGCCGGCCCACGAGGAUGGCAGGGAUGGAGGGAGGCCGCAAGCAUCUGGAGACCAGGUCCUGCUCAUCUCCAGCAAAACCCUGGAGGGUCUGGAGCGGCAGCAAGAGAAGCUGCGAGGGGCGCUGCAGGAGCCGGGCCUCUCAGCCACCGAUGUGCAGGAGCUGGCAGGACAGUCGGCGCGCCAGGAAGCCCACGGCCACCGCAAAGUGGUGCUUGUCUCUGAGGCCCAGGAUGUGAAGGAGGUGAAGGAGCUUCUGGAAGCCGAGGCUUCAGGUGAUGAAGUGCCCAUGGUCGUGAUUGUGGCUCCCGGAAAUGGGUGCCAGACUCCGAGGCUGUUGCUCUUUCCGCCCGCACAGACGCUUUUCCAGGAGUUGAAGGAGGCAUUCAAGCUCCGAGGCAAAGAGGUGGAUUGGGAGGCCCUGGUGUCGGGCGAGGAGGUGCCAAAGGAGACCUUCCAGCAGCAGGUCAUGUUGUUUGCUUAUUCGAUUCUGGCUUCAAGCUUGGUGUUGCACGCUGGCCUUAAGCCCUACGCGGUGAUCGGACACAGCGCAGGCGAAUUACCGGGUGCCUACUUGGCAGGCGCUUUUGACCUCCAAAGCUGUGUGGAUCUCCUGCUGGCGAAGAUUGGGAGUCCUCACACGCAAGAAGGCACCAUGGCAGUCGCCAGGAACGUGGAUGUCCAGGACGUGGAGGCGGCCCUCACCGAGUUCAACGCAUCCGCGGACCCUCACGAGAAGGUUCACAUCGCCGCCGAGAACAGCAGCCAGUGUUGCACGCUGACGGGGCUCGACAGCUCCCUGGCGCAGGUGAAGUCCAAGCUCGGCUCUGCGAAGUGGCUGGACUUGAAGCUUCCGAUGGCCUAUCACCACCAAGAGCUUUGCAAGCCGGCUGCCGAUUUCUUCGAGGGUGCCUGGUAUCUUCAGCCGCAAGCAGACGAGGGGGCGAGAUGCAGAUUCUUUUCGACCGUAGAGGGGAAGGAAGUCCAGAUCAGCAAGCUGACGGUGGACUACUGGAAGCGGCACACGCUGCACCGCGUGCAGUUUGCCGGCGCCGUGCGCGCGCUGCUGCAAGCUGCUAGCGCCACAGGACAUCAAGUUCUCUUCCUAGAGCUCAAGAGCCAGAAUGCCUCCCACAUCAGAAACCUGGCGGAAGAGAUGGGGAGCCAAGCAACGGUGAAGGUGGAGGCUUUGACAGGAAAGCGCCCGGCGCCCUUGAGCAUCCAGAAAGCCUGCGCAGCGCUGUGGGAACGAGGCGUCGACAUUGACUGGCAGUGCCUCGUCCCCGGUGCUACUCGUGGCUGUCGGCUCAACCUGGCGCCCAUCCUUGCUGUGCAGUUCGACCGCAGCCAGGGCUGGGAAGUGAGGCACCGAGUGGAUGCGGAUGCUCCCAUACACGAGGCAUGCGCGCACGAGACUGGACACAAGGACGAUGCCAGCUGCUCGAGCAUCUCCACCAGAUCAGCGGUCAUGGAGCACUCCUCGGUGGAUGGCUCGCCGGUGUCGAUGGUGGGCUCCGAGCACAAGGUGGAGCUUGAUGCGGAACAGAUUCCAAUCCUCAGGCAACACCAGCGCAAGGGCAGGAGGCUUGUCCCCGGGGCGCUUCUCAUGGAGAUGGUUCUUCAGAGCCAAGGCUACCGCUUCUCUUCCUUGUCAAACUUCCGCUUCCAGCUUCCUGCAGGAGAAGGGGCUGUCAGCAUUCGGGUGCUGCAAGACCAGCACGCCACGAUCAAGAGUGCAGACGGCCAUUUCCAUUUUGCCGAGGGCUUCCUUGUGGAGCAGUGCUGCCAGACCGAACACUGGAACAAGAUCUCGAAGCAGCUCUCAUCCACUCAGAAGGGAUUCUUGGAGCAGCUCUGGCCGAGUAGGAUGACAGUCAGAGCCGAGACGCUGCUUGAAUUGCUGGCGCGCGGUGGCUUGCAGUAUGGAAGCGACCUUGCGAUCCAGGGCGAAGUGACGACAGCUGACUUCAACAACAGGUCAGAGCCAUGCUUCGCUCGGGCCCGUGUCCGGUGCCCCGACGCCCUCCGUGCAGGGCGGUGCAGUGGCGGGGCUGCUCUGCUGGAUCAGGCGCUGCAGGUGAGCUUGGGGCUUGCCCUGGCACGGCUUCCUGAAGACCUGCGUGCGAAGGGGGCGGUGCCGACGAUGGUGGAGCGGCUGACGGUCUUCAAUAAGGAGCUCUUCGAGAACAGCCCUUCUUUGCGAGUUGUUGUCAAGGUGCAUCCCCAAUUUUGCUCAGCCAUUUGCGCCAGCUUUGCCCUUGAGUCACUGGACGGUACGAUUGUGGUGGAAGCGAUCAACUUCUGGGGCAAACUGCUUUCUUCGAAGGCUGAACCCAUCCAUGAGUUGCUGUGGAACAUCGCAGAGACUCCGCUCUGCCACAGUGCCAUGGUUGCCGACGCUGGGAGGGCACGGACAGUUGCCGCUUUCAUCCAUGACAUGGAAUCCAGCCUUGUGGGCAAGCUCCUGGAGAAGGACCUCCUCCCGCAGUCCCAGAUCAAGCUUUUUGGUCCGGAGAAGCAAGGCGCCAGUGCCAGCCUCUCCUUGGGGCCCGAUGAAGUGGACCUCAUCCUCUUCGAGUGGACGACGGGCAUCAAUGUGGAAGACCGAGAUGCAAGCGAGAAGCUUCACCGGCAGCUUCGCCGAUUCCGCGAGGUGGUGCGCUGGUGCCUCAACCGGCGCUCGGUCCGUGUGGUGGUGCUGACGAGGGCUGCGCCCCAGUUUGCUGGGGGCAUCUCUGCAAAGCCUGGGCAGCCUGGGCCUGGGAUGUAUACGGCCAUGUGCAAGUGCCUCGUCAAUGAGGAUGUGCCAGGCCGUGGACGCCUCCACGCCAUCGAAAUGGCGGACGAGAUGGACGCCAGCAUCUCACAGCUGGGCAAAGUCAUUCUCCAACCUCCCGACGAUUGCUCCGAGCUCGUGAUACGUCAAGGCAUGGUGAAUCGGCUGGAGCUGCUUCCGCAGCCCCUUGCCUACGACAGCCUCAUCGCGGGAAGAAAGCAACGCCCGCCUGUAAGCUCCGACGGCAUCUAUCUCGUGGUUGGUGGAGCUCGCAAGACCGGCUUGUCUGCCCUGGUGGUGGAAGUGCUCGCUGGCAUGGGCGCCGGGAUGGUCAUCGUGAUCGGCCGCAGCAAGGCGGAUGGCGACUUCGAGGAGUUUGCCAGGGGCUUUAAGAAGACCAAGGUCUCGGCCGUCCAGGCUGACAUCACCCAGGUCGAGGCAUUGCGAGAGGCUUUGAGACGCCAUGGCGUUGAUGGCAAGCGGGUGAGGGGCAUCUUGCACGGUGCUGCCUGCUUCGACGGGGACAAGAUGUUCCGGCGCGUCUCAGACGAGUCCUUUGAUGCCACCCUGCGCCCCAAGGUGCAGGGAAGCCUCGCGCUGCUGGAAGCAGCCCGUCUGGAGGGCUGGAGUCUCCAGUUCUUCACCUUUUUGAGCUCCGUGGUGGUUGCCCUCGGCAACUAUGGGCAGGUGGCCUACGCAGGCGCCAAUGGCUACCAGGCUGACCUAGGCACACACCUCUCGCAGCUCUCGAAGGAGGCUUCGGAGGCUGCAAGUUCCAGGUGA